AUGGAGCCACAGUCUCCUGCCAACGCUCAACUUCACUCCGUCUGGAGCGAGAAGCGAUUGAUUGCAAUCUGCCUCUUCAUCGCUCUGGCUCAAUUCCAAUACGGAUACGAUUCUGCCGCCAUUGCAGGGUUCCAGUCUAUGCCAGGAUUUCUGGCCGUCUUUGGUUAUGUCGAUCCAGCCAACCCCAUCGGGUACAACAUCAGCACCAAGGUGCAGACUUUGCUGCAGAGUCUGAUCAGCCUCGGGGCUUUGGCAGCCUGCAUCGCAAUCUUCAAGUUCGGAAGCUUCAUUAGCCCCAGGGUCGGCCUAUGGAUCGCGUCGUUGGUGGGUGCGGUCUCCGUCGCCGCUCAGAUUGGGAGCACGAGUAUCGCUGCGCUCUAUUUCGGCCGUAUCCUUCUCGGAUUUUCGAACGGUUUCUACAGCACCUACUCGGCAAUCUACAUCGGAGAGUCAACCCCAGCGUAUCUUCGAGGUGCGGCCAUCGGCAUGGUGGUAAUGCAGAUCAACCUCGGGGCGCUGAUGGGGAUUGUCGUCGACAACUCUACUCAAAUUCUCACCAGCCGACUGUCUUAUCAGAUCCCGCUUGCUGUCAUGUUUGCCAUUCCGGUGCUGAUGACCAUUGGCUUGAUAUUUCUUCCAGAGACGCCCCGCUACUAUAUAUCGAAAGACCAGGACGACAAAGCCGAAGCAGCUAUCCGGAAACUGCGAAACAUAACGGAUGAAGCCCGACUACGCGACGAUAUUGCAAUUAUGAAGAGGGCCUGGCUUGAAGAGACCGAGAUGCGCUCCUCGACACACCUGCUGGACGCCUUCCGCGGUACAGACCUCCGACGCACACUUCUUAGCAUCGCAGCCGCUGUUGCUCAGGCGGCCACUGGCGUUCACUUUAUCUCAGCCUUUUCGGUAUACUUUUUCGUCCAGGCUCGAAUUGGCAGCCCCUUCAUGUGGGUAACGGUAUCUAUAGCGAUCGCCCUAACGGGAAAUCUGCUCUCUUUCCCGGCGGUGCGCUUCUUCAAUCGCCGACAUCUCCUGAUAACUGCUUCGGCGGUGAACUCGGUGUGCAUGCUGGGCAUGGCGAUUGCCUACACCGUCUCCCCUGUUGGGUCACCUUCUGCAGGAAAGGUCCUCGUGGGGCUGAGCAUUGUCUUUGUCUGGGUAUACGGCCUUGGCCAAGGUCCUGUGCUAUGGGCUCUUCAGACAGAGAUACCGUCCCAAAGACUCCGGGCACAGACAGUUGGUUUCUCCCAAGGUGCCAGUUUUCUCGUUUCAUGGUUAAGUGCCUUCUGCUCACCUUACUUUAUCAACCCCGAGGCUCUCAACUGGGGCCCCAAGUACUGUUACAUCUGGGCCGGAGGCAAUUUGAUUUUGGCCAUCUUCACCUUCUUCUUCAUUCCAGAGACCAGAGGGAGAAGCUUGGAACAACUUGAUGAGCUAUUUGAGAAGAAGCUGGCUGCGUGGAAGUUCCAGUCCUACAUCACAGACCUCCAGCAACCUGAUACAGACAACUUUGUUACGAAGAAGGAGACAAAGGACGACAUGCAGGUAUAUGAGAUUGAGAACCGAGAGUGA